AUGUAUUCUAAAAGAAGCGAAGUCGCUUCCCAAUUUGAAUAUGAGAAAUACGUUAAACUUUUUAGAAACUUAUCUAGACAACUCAAACCGAGCCUACAUAAGUGUAGACAUGCACAGAUUUUCUUAUCACAUGGUGUUUUCUUUCUCAUUUUGGGACAUAUAGAAUUGAAUCUAUGCGAUAUGAUUAUUUAA